AUGAGCAAAGUCUACGAUAAGAGCCACCGGACCAGACCAACACCAGGACAGACAGUGAAGCUCGCACAAAUGGAAAUGUUUGAGCAACUACUUUGCAACACGAACCCCAAUCCUUUCAACGCUGUCUAUACGCGUUUGGAAGAAGCCAUUGUUUCGGAAAAGCAAAGUGUCAAGGAUCUCUUGGAAGAACAUGUUGGUGCCUUGUUCCGGAGUAUCGAAGAGGAGCUUGAGCGGUCAAGAGAAGUCCGUGUGGCCCUGACCGACGAGGAGGCUCAAAUCAUGGAUGGUCUGCUAAACAGUACAGUGACGGCAGCAAAGGUGCGAGGGAUUCUUGAGGAGAGAUUGAAGGAGUGUGGGGUGGACGUGGAAGCCAUCAAAGCAGAAUUGACUGAACGUCAAUCAUUGUAG